AUGAAGUUAGCCACGCGAUUGCUUAGGCCGAAGCCGCUGUCGAGCCCAACCGUAGGUCGCCAGCUUGGAUCAAUUCGUCUAGCUGCCACUUCGUCGGCCACCCAAAAUGGAUCAUCAAAAACGCUUGUGUAUCUCGCAGCUGGUCUGCUAGUUGGCGGUGCUGCUGGCGCUUCCCUGGUCAAUUCUCGUUCUGACGGGCGUUUAUCCGCCGCCACGCCUCGAUGGCAAGAUGCGUCUCAAGGCCAUAAGAAAUCCUCUCGCAAAUACGCCGACAGGAGAACAAUGCGCAAGGCGGUUGACGAAAUAAGAUCAAUACUGGGUGAAGAUGCCGUCAGUGUAGAAGACUCCGACUUGGAAGCCCAUGGCUACUCCGAAUGGUCAACCUCCAACACAGAAGUUCGACCCGUUGCCAUUGUGCGGCCCCAGUCGACAGAGCAGGUAUCGAACAUCGCUAAAGUAUGCACCAAGUACAAGGUUCCAAUGGUUCCUUAUGGCGCCGGAUCAAGCGUCGAAGGCAACUUUAGCGCCCCAUACUCGGGCAUAUGCAUUGAUCUAUCAACCAUGGAUAAGAUUGUAGCAUUCCACCCACAAGACAUGGACGUGGUGGUUCAACCUGGUAUGAACUGGAUCAACCUCAACAAUGACCUCAAGGAUUCCGGACUGUUCCUCCCACCUGAUCCCAGCCCAACCGCCCUCGUGGGGGGAAUGGUGUCGACGAACUGCAGCGGCACCAAUGCUACGAGAUAUGGCACCAUGAAAGAUUAUGUAGUCAACUUGACAGUGGUUCUCGCCGAUGGAUCCGUCAUCAAGACUCGCAACCGACCCCGAAAGACCUCUGCCGGUUACAAUCUGAACGGUCUCUUUGCUGGCUCCGAAGGUACCUUGGGCAUCAUCACCGAGGUAACACUAAAACUCGCGACUGUCCCGUCCGUCUGCAGCGUUGCCACUGUUACCUUUGAGAAUAUCAGGCAAGCUGCAGCUGCAGCGGCUUCCAUCGUUCGGACCGGCGUGCCUGUGGCCGCCGUGGAGCUCAUGGAUGACGUACAAAUGCAAAUCAUUAACAAAAACGGGGGUGCCGGCGGUAGAACUUGGAAAGAAUUACCAACACUAUUCAUGAAAUUCUCGGGAACCGAUGCCACUGUAAGAGACAAUAUAACAUCUGCGCAGACCGUUGCCAACUUCUUUGACUGUAAAUCAUUCGAGUUUGCCACUAGCCCCCAACAGAUGGAGGCUCUGUGGUCUGCAAGAAAACAAGUUCUGUGGGCGUCUUUGGCGGUGAAGCCGGAGGGCACCGAAGUUUGGUCUACGGAUGUGGCCGUUCCACUGUCGCGAAUGGCUGACUUGAUCGGCAAGUGGCUUCACCCUUGCAUUAUAGGACAUGUCGGUGAUGGAAAUUUUCAUCAGAUGAUCAUGUAUAACCCGAGUGUUCCCGAGCAGAGCAAAGCUGUCGCAGACUGUGUCAACUUGAUGGUGGAGGAUGCCAUUGCCAUGGAGGGAACCGUUUCACAUUGCUUGGCAAAGGAACUUGACAGUGCAACGCUGGGAGUUAUGAAAGCGUUGAAGGAUUCUCUCGAUCCCCACUGGUUGCUCAAUCCAGGCAAGAUCUUCGAUGAGUAG